AUGGACACGUCCGAUCGAGACUCAUCCGCACAGCCCGUUAGUAAUGACCCUCAAGAACUGGACGAGGAACUGCUUUCCGACUGGUAUAUUCAACAACAGGAGCAAGCUGCCGAGUCAUCUCUGAACUCCGACCAAGAUGAAUCCGAAAGUGGAGUUCACUAUGAAUACGUGCUCGAAGAUGCAGAGGACGACGACGACGAUGAUGAUGAGGAUUAUCAUGAUGCCGAAGACGGCGAAGAUACAGAAACAGAACGUGAAGUGGCCGGUCUCCUCGCAUCAAACGGAGACGAUGAUGAUGGCGAGGAAAACGAAGAGGACAGCGAUGACGCGGAUGACGCGCUUGAUGGUGUACAAGCGAUUUUAGAUGGCGCAGGAAUUGGAUGGUUGUCACGAGCACAAGUUAUGGCACUUCUGAGAGGCAGAAACCUUGGCAGCAUUUUGGUCGAAGAAGGCGAUGACGGCGAGUUUCUGAGCUUUGGGGCCAGACGUCGACGACGGGCGCCGCCCGAUCCUAACCGUUUUCCCAAAGUCCCGAGCGAGAAAGGCAUCGAGCUUAUGCACUCGGGUGUCUUUGGAGCCACUGAUGCUCGUGUUCACAAGCAGAAGCAGCUGGCCCGUCGCAUCCUCGACCGAGAGCUCGGCUUCGAUACCAGAGUCGACCGGCAAAAGAAUCAAGACAUGAUGGCGCAAAACAUGCUCCCAUCAAACAGAGCAGAAAUGAUUGUCCACUACGAUUCGCCUGUGUACUCGGGUCAGUUCUCCGAGGACGGCAACUUUUUCUACGCAUGUGGCCAUGACUUCAAAGUCCGCAUGUACGACACAUCGAACCCGUACAACUGGAAAUACUACAAGACCGUCGAGUACCCCUUUGGCCAGUGGACGUUGACCGAUGCGUCGCUGAGUCCCGACAACAAAUGGCUCGCCUAUACCUCGAUUCAUUCCAGCGUCUGUCUGGCGCCGACCGAUCCCAACGAUAGGGGUGAUCCGUAUACGCUCAACCUCGAUGCCGGCAGGGGUGGCCACCGAGGAUACCACAAUUUCGGUAUUUGGUCGGUGAGGUUUUCCGGCGACGGGAGGGAGCUCGUUGCCGGCACCAACAAAUGCUCCAUCAUCGUCUACGACAUCGAGUCCCGUACGGUGCUGCAUGAUGUACAGGGCCACGAGGACGAUGUCAAUGCCGUAUGUUUUGCCGACAAGUCUUCGCCACACAUCUUGUAUUCCGGCUCCGACGACACCACAAUCAAGGUCUGGGAUCGACGAAGCAUGGGCGACGGACGGCCAGCGGGCGCUUUUAUCGGUCAUACGGAAGGGUUGACAUACAUCGACAGCAAGGGCGACGGGCGCUACAUUCUGAGUAACGGCAAAGACCAAACUAUGAAGCUGUGGGACCUGCGCAACGUCAUGUCCACCGACAGGUUCAGCGAGCUCAACCCCACGCAGCACACGGCAGGCCGAGGCUUCGACUACAGAAUGGGGGUCUACAAUGACGACGACUGGGAGCCCCAUCCAAGCGGUGACAACUCGGUGGUCACAUUCCGCGGUCACAAGGUGUUGCAGACGCUCAUCCGCUGUCACUUCUCGCCGCCUUCCAGCACAAAUUCACGAUACGUGUACUCGGGAAGCCAGGACGGCAAGGUCUGGAUCUACAACAUGGACGCUACCGUGGCCAGCGUCAUCGACGUCAACAAAGCCACCAGGGGUUCGAGGACGUCGCAGAGGCGGAGGGUGUUCUACUACGACGAGUCCCCUAGCUGGAGGACAUGCGUGCGUGAUGCGAGCUGGCACCCCAACGCGCCACUGCUGGUCGCUUCGGCGUGGAAUGGGGCUGGCGCCUCAUUUGGCACGUGCAGUGUUCACUCGUUCAACGAGGCUGAUGACGAUGAGGCAGAGCCUAGGAUGGGCAGAAGUGUCGAUGAGCAGCUUCGAACAGAUCCAUCGCUCAAAGAUGUAUAG